AUGGAGUUAUUUAAUGAAAUGGUAGGGUUUAGAUAUGAAUAUGAUAUUAAUCUUACUAUCGAUGAACUUUAAGCUUAAAAUAAUAAAACAUAUAUAGUAUACGUAGCCUAGCUAUUUUAGUCUAAUAAAAAAAAUAAGGUAAACUUAUUGUUAGAUAUAAUUGAUUGUACAAGUCCUGAUUUAGAAGGCUAUAAAUGCUUAGACUUUUCAAAAGUUUCUAACUACACUUUUGAUCUAAACAAUGAAGAACGCGUGUAGACAUAAAUUAGAAUAUUAACUUAUGGGUGCUUAGAUUUAGACAACUUAAAAUAAACUAUCCCUAAUAAUUGUGCAAGUUAGACAGAAAUAGACAAUGUAAUUAAUGGGUUAAAUAGUCUUUUAAGCUUAAAGCUCUAUACAUCAUAAUUUAAUACAACUUCUUAAAAGAUUUAAGUAAAUUAUAGGAAUUCAUUCGUUAAUACAUUCGCUAAUUAGCUAAUUUUUUCAAGGGUGAAAACCUAAAAGCAAAUUAGCUCAGUUAAGACUGGCUUUUUGAUAUAAUCUGAAAUGAGCUUUUCUUCACCAAUAUAAUAUGAUUAAAGAGAUCAAGCAUUAGACAGAAGUUAUGCUUUAGAAACUAUGGGGCUAUCUUGUUAUAGCUAUGUUAUGAUUUAUCCAGAUGAGCUAGUUUAAUACAUAGGAAUUUAGUUUCCAACACUCCCGCAAGUAAUAGCUUCUGUAAAUAUUACUUUUACCAUUUUAAUGCUUUUGGGUCAUAUUGGUAGAGCUAUCUCAAAUAGAACCAUAAGAUAGCGUUUUUUUAUGUUGUUCUUGAAAAGAUUAUAUUAAUCUAAUUAUUUAUCAAUGCUAGGUCAAAUAGUACCUAAAUAGCAAUAAAAAUAAAAAAAUAAUAAAUAAUAAAAAUAACUAAUGUAAAUACAACAAUAAUAAUAAUAAUAAACUGAUACAAAUUAAUAAAAGCUUUAAUGUUAAAAUUAAUAAAUUGACGAAGCAUUCAAAAUAGAUAAAUACUAAUAAGAAUAAUAAUUUAGUCAGUUAUCGAUAGAUAUAAAAAAUGAAGACGAAUAGAAAUAAAAUAAUUCUAUUCCUCUAUUUUAUUAUAGACCUAUACUUAAUUUAAGUAAUAGGCAAUAACAAUAAGAUAAUAGCGAUAAAUCAUAAUAAGAGUAAAGUUAAAAUUUAGAGGUAUUAGCAGAUAAUUAGCUGAUUAAACAAGCAUCAAAAGAAAAAUUUUCUUAAGAAGAUGCUUUAAAACAAAACAAAUACUCUUAGAUUUAAAAAUAAAUUAUUGAAGAUUAAUAAACAUCAAAUAUUAACUUUGAAUAAGUUGAUUCUUUUAAAAAUAAAAGCUAUUAGGAAAAGUCUAAUAUUAAAGACAGUUAGCAAAACCUCUUUUUUAGUUGUAAUUUAGGAGGAACUGCUUGCAUGAACACUAAUCGAAGCAAUCGCGAAAAUUAAUAAAAAUAAAACCAAACUUAAGUCAAUUAAUGCAAAAAAGAUGGACAUGAUAUAAAAGAGUGUGUUAAAAAUUUAGAAGUUAUUUAGAAUAGUGAUAUUUAUGAUGAAGUUUAUAGUCACAUCUUUGGAUUUAGAUUUUGCAAAAAAAGACAAAAAUCUGGAUUCCUUGAAAAUUUAAGUUAAAAUCAUAAAAAUGAAAUACAGAAUCAUAUUAGCUAGGAUCUUAAUAUACUAAAUUUUAUUAAUGACGUGAUUUUUUUAAAGAAAGCAGUAAUGCUACUUUUAAGAAAAGAUUAACUAGCUGCUCUAAUGCUUAUUGGGUUUUCUCCAUUUAUUUAAGCUAAUUAAACCAACGAUGUUAAUAAAAACUAAAAAAAAAUAAUAAAAAGCUAUUAUGAGAAGCAAUAAGCUAUUUUAAAAUCAGAAAAACUUUAAUAAAAUCAGACUGUUAAAUUUUUGAAGAGAUGCCAUGAUAACUAAAAAAUGUCUGAUAUAGAUUUCAGAAUAUUAUAAUCUUUAAAAGCAAACUAAAUUAUUUGA